AUUUAAGAGCAACCAACAUUGUGUCGAUUAACUCGUGAAUUACGAAAUUAAAUGUUUGCUAUCUGAAAAAAAUUUCACAAUAUUGACAUAACGUGAAAGACAUUCUGUCAAAGUCCGGUGAGAACAGUUCUUGCAUGCUCAGCUGAGAUGAGCAAUAUAACUUGUGCGUGCGUUGCGUUUAAGGAAAAUUCGAAAAAAAAUAUAUAUAAAGUUUAAACAAAAAUUAAUUAAAUUAUUCGUUUUGAAAAUCGAAAUUGGUUGCAUCUAACACUUCCUAAAGCAUUGAGGGGAUAGGAAGAGGGAACAGACAUGGAGCAUAUGUUGGAGCAGCCGCAGUUGGCUAGUGAUGUACCGGCGCAACAACUAUAUGCUAAAAAUUUGGUAGAGCUUGUAAAACAAUUGAUUACAGAAAAAGAAUAUGAUGGUGUUGCAUUACUAUUUACAAAUGAAGCGGAGGCCCCUCGAAAUCGAAGCUGCCUCGAAACUGUAGGCAUGGAACUGUACCAUGAAUUUUGCGAACCGAAUCUUACAGCGGAAGUACACGAAGAACAACUGCCAUUAUACAAUUGUGCUGAGGAGCUGCUUUAUUUAAUAGCCUCUUAUGCCCCCAUGGAAGAGUUAUUGCUUGAGCUUUUAGAAAUGAUUGAAGAUCAAAAAUCAGAGUUUGUCUAUUCUUCAUCUUUACGUGCCUUACAAGCGGUGUUACUUCGUAUGGGUGAUAAGAAGCCGCGAGCUUUAGAAUGGAGUUUGAAUUCUAUACACACACGCAUCGAAUCAUUGCCUCUGCCUAACUUCCUGGAAGAAGGAUAUGAUGAAAAACAAGAAGCUUUACUCGAACAAAAUAACCAAAUUGAGAAAUUAUUAAUGCAUUAUAUCACACUAAAUUUAUUUUAUGAGCCACUAUUAAAAGAUAUACUAAGCAGCCAAAGCACAUCUGGCCCAGCGUUCUUCGAUAAAAGCAUAAACAGAAGAAAUGUAUUAUGUUGUUUCCUAAUACAAAUGUUGGGAAAACCUUUGGCACUGUUGGAUUUGUCGGCUGAUGGACGUAAGACCAACACUUAUACGAUACAAUGUGCGCGUAAACUAACGGAAAGUGCUGUAAAUUGUUUGGAUAAUCCACUUCGUCUGCUCUUCGUUGGGGAGCAACGUAUACGUUGGACUCGUCGUCUAGAUACCAAUAAAGGUGUCCAUGAAAUGAGUUCGAAAAAUAUUUUUCUAAUUGAAGAUAAAUUUCCACUCGAGUCUCUAUCAAUCUUCUUUUAUAUGAUAUUUGUAGAAGGAAUAUGUUUGAAUUCGGUGCCAAAAGUUUAUGCGCCUCUUUACAUAUUUGAAAUGAGUCUAUAUUAUACCAACGAAUUAUUGGCGCAUGAUGAGGCAGCCUUGCAUUACCGUGCGCUCCAACUGACAAAAUGCUUACUAGAUAAAUUAAAUCACGAAAAGAUUGCUGCGAUUUCAUUAGAGCUGGAUGUGCACAAAAAUUUUUGUAAUUCUCUUUGCAAUAUAGUUGGCUAUUCAUCACAUAACAAGCUUAGGCAAAUAGGUGUUAAGCUGUUACGUCAGUAUAUCUUGCAAUUCGAUGAUGAAGGAAAAUAUUUAGUACUAAAAAAUCUACUUCGUACUGUGCCCCAUCAUGGUAUCUCCGGUUACUUGGCUAUAAUAUAUAAAGAUGUGGUUGCGAAUGCUUUAGUUUCGACCUCGACGAAUUUACCGACCUCCUUUUCUGGGCAAGACUUCCGCACAAUUUUCUUACGAUACAUAUGCCAUUUACCGCAUGGCGCGAAAACCGAUCUUAUUGAACAUGCCGAUAAAGUCAUAUCUUCGCUAAACGCUUUGCGUUUCUUUGCAAUUAAAGAUUUACAAAAUCGUACUGGCUUCUGGGAUAUUGUGCCGGAAAUAGAGCAACAAUUCACAGAUCCUCUGCGUAAGGGAUUAGAUAUAUCUGUGGCACACUAUAAAGCUGAAUUGCUGCGUGUAGAAAAUGGGUUAGAUGCUGAAACCGAAGCAGAAGAUCGUAAGAAUUUGGAAAUACUAGACCUGAAUAUAGCUAACGCUUCCAAGGAAAGUGGACAAAUGGAUUUGGAAAUAACACGACAGCGUAAAACCGAAAUACUUAGACAGAAUCUUUGUACAUUUGAUUUAAUGAGAAGUCUGUUGGGGCGAACAGUUGAAUGCUUUGAGAAUUCCAAUAGGAUGUAGAAAAGCUGUGCUGCCUAAUGUGUUAUUAUUAUGAGUGCUAUGCACGUAGGUUAGUUAUUUAUGUAUAAAAGUAAAAAUUAAAAAGUAAUAAAAAAAUUAAAAUUUA